GAAGUUCCAAGGGCGAGCUCAAUUCUGUCAUACAGUUCCUUGAGGCCAAUUCGGACUUCGAGGCAGCCAGCAAGUAUCGUGAGAAGCUUCGUGCCCUCGAGCAGCCGCCCAAGCUGCAGUGGGGGCCAGCGAAGCAGGAGAAGGAGAGGUGCCAGGCCGCGUUGGAUCGUGCAGUCAGUAAAGCCACUAACUUGCAGGAGUCUCUCGAGCAAGCGAAGAAAGACAGUGCCAACGCGCUCGUGGCCCUCGAGAGGGCCAAAGAGCAGUACGCCACAGCAGUCAGGGAGCUCGCCUCGUCGGUCCAGCAGCCCCAGGAGCCCCAGCAGCCCCCUCAGCCUACCAAGCCUGUACUAUCCCUGGAAUCUCUCAUGGACGGGUGUCUUGAGGGCGUUCAGUUGGAUGGCGGCGGCCUAUUUGGGCUGGAGGAGGCAGGGUGGGAACCAUCGGCUGAAGAGGUGGAGGAGGCUAAGAAGAGGAAGGAGCACCUGGCUAAGAUAUUCAAGGAGGCAGCGCUGCAGGCAUUUGGGCCCUUUCGAGAGCAGGCCAAGGAGGCCAUCACUCAGCAAAAGGAACUCAAAGCCAG